CACAAUACACAUGAGGGAGGACAAUAAACAACUCUUCAUACUAUAAUAUGUCAUCCUGACAGACUAAUAAACCUCACAGGGCAGUGCUACAUUACGCACAUUCGCAGGGAGCAUUUAAAUCUCCACUGGAUGACUGAAUACUCCCCAGACUUCCAUGCCUGCUUUCUCCACAAGCCAACAGUGGACAGAGAGAUCCAUCUGAGAAGAUUUUUGUCUACAUUUAGUUAAGCUUGAACACUAUCGGCUGACUUGGAAAAGGAAACAUAUUUUAGCCAGAAAUCCUUUUUUUCAAGAAUCAACUUAAUGAUCAUAGACAAAGGUAAAGGAAAGGUGAAAAACGAUUUUUAGUCAACACGGCAGUGUCAAACUGAAAGAAAGAUUCAGAGGUCCAGCAAGGGGCUCAGCCCCAGGAGACGCAGGUAAAAACUGACGCAGAAAACCAAUUGGACCCCUCCAUAAAUGACAAAAUGGUGCGAGCUGAGAUGGAAUGGAUCGUGCCCAUGUGUGUGCCACUGCCCAUCGAAGUAUUGAGCCUCGAACAAGCUUUUCCUUUCCUGAACAACACGCUUGCUGACCUGGGCAUCGAAGAGUCAGCCGUGAAGGAGCGUGUGGUGUGGGUGGACAACAAGCGCACAAGGGUAAAGGGGAAAACUGGAAAGCUGAAGGAGAAGGAGGUGACUAUAUUGGAGGUGCGUGUUAAAGCUCAGCACCCUGGAGAGCAUCAGUCUCAGGAGGUCAUCUACAGCACUGAGUCUCACACCGAUCGCCUGUACAGCAGGAGUGGAGUGGACAUACUGCCGUGGAGACACACACAGCCAGGUGGAGGCACGGCUGUAAAUGAACUCCAGCCAGUAGAGAUGAUUCUGGCUUUGGACGUGAUGUCAGACUUAAAGCCCAAAUGGCAGAAAACAAGAAAAACGGGACUUGCCAAAUGAGGAAUGAGAUAUCUGACAGCCAGGCUAUAGCAAUGAAUCAAUGAAUGUUUUAAACCGAUGCAUGACAGCAACAAUGUCAAAAUUUCUAUGAGCUGUGCCUUAAUUGAAGGAUAUUUAAAGGCGGAGUCCAUGAUGUUUGAAAGCCAAUGUUGAUAUUUGAAAUCACCUAAACAAACACGCCACUACCCCAUCAGAAUCUAGACCUGCUUUUGAUAGACCCGCCCCACACAUACGCAACCCGGCAAGGAUGUUGGUUAGUAGACACGCUUCUUACUGCUGAUUGGCUAUAAGUGUGUUUUGGUAGUCGGCCCGUCUCCUUUUCCAAAGCGUUUUUCAAACAUCGUGGACUCUGCCUUUAAUAUAUGUGACCCUUUCUUUGAAAUCCAUGCUAAAGUAUAUUUGGAGCAUCAAAGUUUAAUUUCACUCAUCGAUUUCAUGACCUUACUCAGUCAAUAUUACAGAUAUCAAGGUUAUAUUUUCACUUACUGUUCUUUACAUAAUAUUGUUCAUUUAUCUACUAAAUCAUUUAAAUGGACUUAAAGGACCAGUGUGUAGAUAUUUAUUCGCAUCUAGCGGUGAGAUUGUGCAUCUACAGCUCACGCCUCCCUUUCGAAACGCAUAGUGAAGCUACGGUAGCCGCCACAGGACAAACGCUGCAUCGUCUGAGACAACGUAGUGGAAAAACAAGCUCUAUAGAGCAUUUUGUCCAUUUAGGGCUACUGUAGAAACAUGACUAAGACUGCCAUGUAAGGAGACCUGCGUUGUAUGUAGAUAAAAAUGACUCAUUCUAAGGUAAUUAAAACAAUACAGUUCAUUAUGUAAGGUCUUUAUACACCACUGAUAAUAUAGUAGAUUAUAUAGCAUUUUUGUCAAGAGAUCCUUCUAGAAGUUACACAAUGCACCUUUAAAGGAUUA